GACUGGGAGCCGAACAGGAGCUACAGGAUCCGCGGAGAGCCUCCUGGUAUACCGUCAAUCAGUGCGCUGUUUCCCGCUGGAUCCACCCAGACAUGUCGGCCUCAGGAAAAUAACAAGUCCGCGGAGACAUCAACCUCCGAUCCGGUCAGACCGACACCAGGAGCGGGGAGACAACAGCGGGUUUACCGGAGUGUGUAGCUGUCAAUGCUGGACUCCCUGAUCCCCCAGCUGUAGGAUCUGUGAGGCUGGGAGCGACCACGCCCAGCCGCCCACCAAACCACCUGACCCAACAUGAUGGCCUCCAGCGACGUAGACACCCGAGGUGAAGGCUCUUUAUUCUCCGACCAAAAUCCGUCAGAAAUGGACGCACUCUGUCCGUCUCCUCCCGGACCGUCCAGACCCCAGCGUCACUACGAGAGGAUCGGAGGACGGGCAGGAACCUCUUUCUGUCAGACUCUGAUCCACCUGCUGAAGGGGAACAUUGGUACAGGGCUGCUGGGGCUGCCUCUGGCUGUCAAGAACGCAGGCCUGGUGCUGGGACCUGUCAGCCUGCUGUGUAUGGGCUUGGUAGCGAUCCACUGUAUGAGGCUGCUGGUGAAGUGCUCCCACCACCUCAGUGCAAAGAUGAACCGGCCAUCCCUGAAUUACGGCGAGGCGGUGCAGUACGGGAUGGAGAACGUGUCUUGGCUGAGGAGACACUCAGUGUGGGGAAAACAGACGGUGAACUUGUUUCUCAUCAUCACCCAGCUCGGCUUCUGCUGCGUCUAUUUCGUCUUCCUCAGUGACAACAUUAAACAGGUGGUUGAAGCCGCCAACGCCACCACCUUCAACUGCCACAUCAACAACACCAACCAGACGCAGAUCCUGGUGCCGAGCUUCGACUCCCGUCUCUACAUGCUCUGCUUCCUGCCCGCCAUCAUCCUGCUGGUUUUCACCCCCGACCUCAAGUACCUGGCUCCGCUGUCCCUGGUGGCCAACCUGGUGAUGACCGCCAGCCUGAUCCUCAUCUACUUCUACUCUCUGACGAACAUCACGUACCCCAUCAACCUACCUGCAGUGGGCAGACUCAAAGACUACCCUCUCUUCUUUGGGACCGCUGUCUUCGCCUUCGAAGGGAUCGGAGUGGUUCUUCCUCUGGAGAACAAGAUGCAGAGGCCUCAGACCUUCAUCCCCGUCCUGUACGUGGGGAUGGGCAUCAUCACCUUCCUGUACAUCAGCCUGGGAACCAUCGGAUACAUGUGCUUCAAAGAGCACAUAGGAGGGAGCAUUACUCUCAACCUGCCCAACUGCUGGACGUACCAGGCGGUGAAGCUGCUCUACUGUUUUGGUAUCUUCAUCACCUUCGCCCUGCAGUUCUACGUUCCAGCAGAGAUCCUCAUACCGCCCUUUGUGGCUCGUGUGUCAGAGCGGUGGGAGAAGGUCGUUGACCUGCUGCUGCGCUCCUUCCUCGUCAUCUUCACAUGUGCUCUCGCCAUCCUGAUCCCGGAGCUGGACCUCGUCAUCUCGUUGGUGGGCUCCAUCAGCAGCAGCUUCCUGGCGCUCAUCUUCCCUCCCAUCCUCCAGAUUCUAACCUUCUACACGGAGGGCCUGUCGCCACUGGUCAUCCUCAAAAACAUCGUCAUCAGCGUGUUCGGGCUGGUCGGGUUCGUCACCGGAACUUACAUUGCCAUCGAGCAGAUCAUCACCCGGAACAUGAAGCAUGAGGGGGACGUGUCCACCUACCUGGUCCAGUGAUGAAGAGCAGGUGGAUGUGACACACCCAGGACAUGUAGGAACCAUGUUAGGGCACAUGUUUAUUUGUUCUCUGUGCUGCUGUUGACACAGCGGCUGUUUUAUCAUUAGUCUGUCACAUGUAGGAGCAGGAUGGAGCUGAGAGGAUCCGUGGUGCUCGUGUCGUGUCACCAGGUGCAAGUGACACACACACGACUGCAGCCGGUCACUCGCAGCUCAUCAAGUCCACACCUUUAGUGCAAUCUGAUAAUAAUCUAUAUGAAUCUGAUGAAGACUAAAUCAUUCCUUCAGGCAGCAGCUGCCUGCACAAGAUCUGAGAGAUUUUAGAGGUAAUUUUAUUUUACUGAUGUUUAAUCAAACUACCUCACAGCUGGCUCCAUUCGGUCGUUCCAAACUGUGUUAGCGUCCAGAUUAGACGCUGUCGCCGACACAGUGUGGACUUGUUACUUAAACAGCUUCUCAUUCACAGCUUUUAGAGUUUGACCGCCCUCCACCUCAUUUAGAGAAAAACACGUCAAUAUUUUUUACUGCACUUUGAUUUUUUGCCUUAUUCAGUUAAACAGCGCACUACAUCCGCAGAGACAACACACCACACACACCGUCAUCGAACUGACUGUAACUUCAAACGAUAAGAGAUUAUUUUAACCAAACGCAGAACAAAGAAGGGUCGAGUUACGACAAAUGUUCUGACCUUGUUACAGAAACUUCUGAAAUCCAAAAAUCAGUCAUUCAAAUGAAAUAAGAAACUUGGAUUCUUUGAGAAUUGUGCUUUUUGGUUGUGCUCAUCAGAUCCUGACUGUAGGUUCACAUGUGUCAGAGCGCAGUGCUCACAGUGGAGCUUAGAGAGACGAGAGUAAAUAACAUUUACCAAAGGAAAACCUACAUCUCAUGAAGAACCCUGAGAUCAGGGGUCAGUAACCUUUACUCACUGGCCAAAUCAGCUCUGAAAGAAUCUGCCUGGAGCUGCAGAACAUGAGUGAUCCUCAUAAUGAAGAUAACAGGAAGUCUAAAUUCACCCGUCAACAUCACCAACAGGUCUAAAUGAGCAUUUACUAAUACGUUUAACCACAAGGGGGCGACAAACAAAUGUGUCCACGCGCUGUUAAACUCUUUAUUGUUGAUCUAGAAUCCUCAGCUGGCUCUGCUCAGCAGAUCCAAGAGAAGACUUCGCUACUGAAGUUCAACUAAACAAAAAGCAAAAGGCGACGAGCCACAUGACGCACGAUCACGUCUGAAUAAUCCUGUGUGCAGGCUACGCAUCUUUACAAUUGAGGGUGUAAGAAUGACACAAGGCCAACAACCAUGAAAACUGAAAAUUUUAAAAAACAGCCAAUUUUAAUUUCUGUAUAAUUUUUUGCCAGUCGCAGGGAGCCACUGGAGAAGAGUUACAGAGCCACAUGUGGCCCCGUAGCUGCAGGCUGUCGACCCCCGCCUCAGAUACUGAAUGAAACGUUCAGGAAAACGAUUCCAACAUUUGUUUCGUCGGUUGACUACACACCAUCAGCCAUGCAAUUUCACGUAGAGACAAACGCGUGUCUCUCUGUGGUCGUUGUCAUGACAACGCUGGAACAUUCAGCUCAGGUGAAACUCAAAGGGAAAACAGAAAUUAAACUUUUUAAUGAGGAGAUAAAGAACAUUUACAUUUUUAUUUAUUUAAGGUUUAAAAGUCUUUUUUACUGUCUGUGUGUUUUAGUUGUUCAGAGGAACCAGGGUUUGAUGAGACAGAUCAGAGUUGCAACAAGGUCUAACUGUGGUGUGAACAUUGUUAUCUCCCCGUGUGCGUUACACAUCUACGUUACUUUAUAACAACUAGACAGAGAAUCUCCUUUUAUUUUAGUUAUUUUUUAAAAGGGAGACUUUCAUUAAAAAAAGGCUUCAAGUUUUAAUUAAAGUAAUAAAAAGCUUCUGUUUAACUAAAAAAAAUCCCCUCUGUGUUUAUUCCUUUGAAGCUCACUGUAGCCGACAGUGAUAAUAAUUUUCUGAGACAGUUAUUCCACCAUGAAUAUGUGGCUCUGUUGCAGCCCGCGUCCUGAUCGAUGAGCACAAUGAGAAUCAGUAAAAAAGAAGUGAAACUCGACCCAGAACAAAAUCAGACACAUUUAUUAAACAAACGAUUAAAAAUAAAAAAUAUAUCAGAGUUUAGAAAAACAGAGUUUUUCUGUGUUUAUGUUGCAAAUGUUUUUCCUUUUCUUUAAAACUUUUAUUUUUGGGGAUCUGAUUUUUUUUUAAUGUGUUUUUAUGUAUUUACUAAAUUAAUGGUUGGGUACCUUUGAGUAGUUUUUUAUUAUUUAGACUUAAACCUUUAAAGUGUUUAAUUUCAGAGACUCUGCAUGUAAAAUAAUGUAAAAUGUCUGUAAUAUAAAACAUGUUUUAAUUAGGAGCUGUAGGUGUAUUAUACUGAUGAAGAAGAAGAAACCAUCCCUCCGUGUGCUUUAGUGAUCCGAGACCUCUGUACUGGUGUGUGUGUGUGUGUGUGUGUGUGUGCGCAGUGUUUGUGUGUGUACAGAGAAGUGAAGCUUUGAGCCUUACGUGUAAAGAUCUGUAACAGCUGAUCGUUCAAACACAGCUGAUGGUGUUUUUCUGUAAAUAUCCAUUUUGUUUUUACAUGUAAAUGUCUCACGCACGCACACACACACACACACACACAAACACACACACACACACACACACACACACGCGUCUCACCUUAUUUUAAACAACAGUUUUUUUCUCGUCGCCUGUUGACAAACUGAUGAGAUUUGCUCCAAAUUUCCCACUGGACACUUUAAUAUGAGGAUGAUGAGGAUGAGGAUGAUGAGGAUGAGGAUGAUGAUGAUGAUGAUGAUGUGCAGCUACCCAAAGAAGACUAACUGUAUUAUCGUUUACAGCUGCAGCUAGUGAUGAAAUUAAAGGGGAUGUAUUCUGCUCAUGUUCAGGUUCAUACGUGCAGUUUUGGUUUUUACCAGAACAUGUUUACAGUAAAACACUUUAUGUUCUUCAUCCUGUCUCUGAUGAACACCUUGAUUUACCUUCUGUCUGAAGCCACGCCCCCCAGUGACAGCGCCGGGCUUUGAAGCCAACUUGAAAUAGUGGCCAAACUGUAACUCAGACUUCCUGCUCUGAUACGUGAUGCCGUGUCCAUCACAUGACGCCAUGUCCAUAGAGCCCCGCCUCAAACGCUGUCUCCAGGUCUCCUGCCUCCUGAAACAAGCCCAGUCUGCUCUGAUUGGUCAGCAUUUCUGGAGCUUCUAUAUCUCUGCAGUGUCAUUUCAGCCAGGGAAUAACUAACUGAGAAUAACUUCACUUUCUACUGUUAAAAGUCUCCAAUCAAAGCUUCUGAACUUGAAUCUUUGCACACGGACAUUUUCCAGCGGGAAUAUUAUCUGAAAUCUGGGAGAAAUUAACAACAUCGGCAGCUAAGAUGACAUUUCCCUGACAUUAGCAUGUAGCUGCAUGUAGCAGUGUAUGUAGUGUGAACAGCUGAAGCAGAUGACCUUUGUUCAGGCGCCACCAACCGUGUCAGGCCAAACAGUGGUACUGCAGUGUCAGAGCUCCGUCACAUGAUGCGAUGGGACCCGCAAAAUAAAUUUCCCAUUGACUCACAUCAGGAAAGAGACGACUGUUAAUCAGUGGAUCUGUUUUUAAUUCUUUAAUGUCACAACCCCCGAGAGAUGAUUUGUUUCACCGUUCGUUUGGUGACAUCAGGAGAGUCCAGAUGAGCUGCAAGAUUAAAUCACUUUGUUCCCAUUGAAGUCAGCAGAGCGCUAAACAGGAAGUUAACCACUUGGCCACCCAGUCGUGAGUCUCUGUGCGUCUGAGACCAGUGAUGCAGAAGAGGCGCUGAUCGUCAGGGUGAUGACGCGGAGCGAUUUUGGCUUCACGUGUCUUUUACAGGAAUGAACAUGGCUCUGCCUCCAGCGCUGUAUCCAGGUGUCUUUAAACAUCUGUGGUCAUUAUUCUACUCUACAUACAUACAUACAUACAUACAUACAUGUAUAUAUAUAUAUGUAUAUAAACAUAAAAUAAGACAAAGCACAAUAGAUCCCCUUUAACUGUCAACCAUUUAUUAUUUUAUAGAUUAAUUAAGAUCAAAUGUCCAACACGUCCUCCUCCAGUCACACUGAUGUUUAACAGCAGUUAUAAAAACUGGAUCCAACAGAUGUUUGAAUUUGUGUUUGAUCAUUAAAAACAGAUAACCCACUUUA